CGAGCCAGUGUUGAAUGGGACAACAGGAUCGAUACGCUAAAGCUGCCAUGCUGCGAGUCGCUAGUACUGCUCCUAAUCUGGACGGUGAUAUCUAUGCCGGAAUUCUGUAUUUAUCAAAACGGAGGUGACCACGAAUGUGUUUGUGGAUAUUCUACCCUUCUACUACGGAACCUCACGCCGCCCCAAGUCGUCGGGAUGGACGUUUAAGGAGGCCUAUAUCACCGGUACCCAGUCUCAGAUGAACGCGACGUCUAAAGGAUACAAUGCCUGGUGCAGGGGACAUAACUCCGACAGACUCGAUCACACAACAAUCAGUAGUGAUUUCUUCCUCCUCCUGGAUAGACCGGUGUUGUGACUGUAACUUGUGGAUUAAAUACAGCCUGUUUGUUAUCAACUUUCUAGUAUGGACGGCCGGCUGUGUGAUGCUUGGCAUCGGAAUUUGGGCACGCCUUCAGAAGAAAGGUCUGACUUUCUUCGAUCACGUGAUCACUGACCCCGCCUACAUGCUGAUUGUGGUCGGGUCAGUGAUGUUUUUCAUCAGCAUAUUCGGAUGUAUUGGAGCUCUCAGGGAAAACAUCUGUCUGCUGCGAACUUACAUCUUGACCAUCGUGGUGGUAUUCGUGGUCCAGAUGGUGGCCGGCAUCCUCGCCUUCGUCCUGAUGGACACAGUUGAAAAAGCCAUGAUGGACUACAUGCAGCACGCCAUCACCCACUACGGCGACAACGACGACAUCAGGGACGCCAUCGACUUUUUACAGAAACAGUUCUACUGCUGCGGUGCCGCAAGCUACUCCGACUGGGAGGUGAACGUCUACUAUAACUGUUCUUCGGCGGCCAUGUCUCGCUGUGGUGUGCCAAGGUCCUGCUGCAGGGUGCCCACAUCCGCCCAGUGUGGCUUCGGUGUCCGCAAGUACCUGGACACGUACGCGGAUCAGCUCGUCUUCACACAAGGCUGCAUAGGGUCACUCAUGUUUGCAUUCAAGGAUAACCUCAUCAUCAUUGGCCUCAUAGCGUUAUGUGUGGGCUUCUUAGAGUUGUUCUCAAUGCUGCUGGCUCACAACAUGGUGCGAUACAUCUUCAUUGAUCAGAAAAUGUUCGAGUAGCAGUACCAAGGUGGCAGCAUCCCGUGCGUAAACAUUCACACACAAUACGCAGGAAUAGCAAUCAACUUCAACUGGAUAAACAUUCACACGCAAUAACGCAGGAAUAGCAAUCAACUUCAACUGGAUAAACAUUCACACGCAAUACGCAGGAAUAGCAAUCAACUUCAACUGGAUAAACAUUCACACGCAAUACGCAGGAAUAGCAAUCAACUUCAACUGGAUAAACAUUCACUCGCAAUACGCAGGAAUAGCAAUCAACUUCAACUGGAUAAACAUUUACUCGCAAUACGCAGGAAUAGCAAUCAACUCCAACUGGAUAAGAGGCAAGUAAUCUCAAUGCGGGUAGAGAUGAAAGAUUUCACACGACUCGGAAGUAAGAGCGCAACACCCUCAUCGCAGAUUCAGCGCCUGGGUAUAUCUUGGGUCCGAGUGUAAAUCUCAUGAAGUACUAGGGCAGGUAACAUGACGUUCGUGGAGAUGAGAGGCACUGAACAAGGUCCCUGGAUGGUAAACCCAAGCACUAAGGAACAAUAAGCAAGGAUCUAACGACAAAUAUAAUUUAAACGUCAUAAGUGGAACAUAUGAAACCGAGAUGAGUAUAAAGCAGGGUUUGCCAUGCUGCAGAAGAUAAACCAGGUCGGAUGUACAGGUUGGAGGAACCUUCCAGCGUCAGCCAUUCAUGUGAAGACAUGGUGAACACUGGCAGUAAUUACCAUGUGGCCCCCUUGGACACACUUCCCCCUCUCUAUGUGAAGACAUGGUGACCACUAUCAGUAAAUUACCAGGAGACCCCCUGGGACACACUUCCCCCUCUCUAUGUGAAGACAUGGUGAACACUGGCAGUAAUUACCAUGAGGCCCACUUGGACACACUUCCCCUUCUCUAUGUGAAGACAUGGUGAACACUGGCAGUAAUUACCAUGAGGCCCCCUUGGACACAGUUCCCCUUCUCUAUGUGAAGACAUGGUGAACACUAUCAGUAAAUUACCAGGAGACCCCCUUGGACACACUCCCCCUUCUCUAUGUGAAGACAUGGUGAACACUAUCAGUAAAUUACCAGGAGACCCCCUUGGACACACUCCCCCUUCUCUAUGUGAAGACAUGGUGAACACUAUCAGUAAAUUACCAGGAGACCCCCUUGGACACACUUCCCCUUCUCUAUGUGAAGACAUGGUGAACACUAUCAGUAAAUUACCAGGAGACCCCCUGGGACACACUUCCCCUUCUCUAUGUGAAGACAUGGUGAACACUAUCAGUAAAUUACCAGGAGACCCCCUGGGACACACUUCCCCCUCUCUAUGUGAACACAUGGUGAACACUAUCAGUAAAUUACCAUGAGGCCCCCUUGGACACACUUCCCCUUCUCUAUGUGAAGACAUGGUGAACACUAUCAGUAAAUUACCAGGAGACCCCCUGGGACACACUUCCCCUUCUCUAUGUGAAGACAUGGUGAACACUAUCAGUAAAUUACCAGGAGACCCCCUGGGACACACUUCCCCUUCUCUAUGUGAAGACAUGGUGAACACUAUCAGUAAAUUACCAGGAGACCCCCUGGGACACACUUCCCCCUCUCUAUGUGAACACAUGGUGAACAUUAUCAGUAAAUUACCAUGAGGCCCCCUUGGACACACUUCCCCUUCUCUAUGUGAAGACAUGGUGAACACUAUCAGUAAAUUACCAGGAGACCCCCUGGGACACACUUCCCCCUCUCUAUGUGAAGACAUGGUGAACACUGGCAGUAAUUACCAUGAGGCCCCCUUGCACACACUUCCCCUUCUCUAUGUGGAGACAUGGUGAACACUGGCAGUAAUUACCAUGAGGCCUCCUGGGACACACUUCCCCCUCUCUAUGUGAAGACAUGGUGAACACUGGCAGUAAUUACCAUGAGGCCCCCUUGCACACACUUCCCCUUCUCUAUGUGAAGACAUGGUGAACACUGGCAGUAAUUACCAUGAGGCCUCCUGGGACACACUUCCCCCUCUCUAUGUGAAGACAUGGUGAACACUGGCAGUAAUUACCAUGAGGCCACCUGGGACACACUUCCCCUUCUCUAUGUGAACACAUGGUGAACACUAUCAGUAAAUUACCAGGAGACCCCCUGGGACACACUUCCCCCUCUCUAUGUGAAGACAUGGUGAACACUGGCAGUAAUUACCAUGAGGCCUCCUGGGACACACUUCCCCCUCUCUAUGUGAAGACAUGGUGAACACUGGCAGUAAUUACCAUGAGGCCACCUGGGACACACUUCCCCCUCUCUAUGUGAACACAUGGUGAACACUGGCAGUAAUUACCAGGAGACCCCCUGGGACACACUUCCCCCUCUCUAUGUGAAGACAUGGUGAACACUCGCAGUAAUUACCAUGAGGCCACCUGGGACACACUUCCCCUUCUCUAUGUGAACACAUGGUGAACACUGGCAGUAAUUACCAGGAGACCCCCUUGGACACACUUCCCCCUCUCUAUGUGAACACAUGGUGAACACUAUCAGUAAAUUACCAUUAGGCCCCCUGGGACACACUUCCCCCUCUCUAUGUGAACACAUGGUGAACACUAUCUGUAAAUUACCAUGAGGCCCCCUUGGACACACUUUCCCCUCUCUAUGUGAAGACAGCUGAUCAUGGCGGUAGAGAGAUAUGUCAGUGUGGCCUCAAUUGGACUCUUUAUAUUUGUAGAGGUUUGAAUAUCCACGGAUUAAUGUAGUGUUUAUGUUUCCCAUAAUUUUAGUAGAUUGGAGGUUUCAUAGCCCACCCUACAAUACUUUACUCACCCUCGUUUAAAUAUGUUCAGUCCUCGCCCCACAAUCCCAUAUUGCUCAGGGACCGACCAUGUGAUAUUCGGGGAGGGGGCAUGCGUCAGACUGUUGAAAAGAAAAAGAAAUUGCCUGACACACAUUCUCAUCCCCCACCCCCGAAAUUCCAAUGGUACAACCCUAAGGUGAAAUAUAUCAGGGUUGUAGCUCCACGUUAGCGGUUUAGUCGGGUAACAAUACAUAGCUCUUACCAUGACAUGCUGCUCCUGGAUUUAAUAUCAGUAUUCUCUUAACGCAAUAUAUGCUCUCUAUAAUGAUGAUUGGGCGCCACUGCUUCCAUAUAUAUACACCGAAAUACUUAAUAAUGCAUAUUUAUUGCAAGUACAGAGUUGGACUAACAUGUACGAAUUUAUUAAAACCGAGGAGCAAAACAAUUCUGUUAAGUUAGCGAUGUUAUCCCACAAAAAUGUAUUUUACUGGCGUUUAGUUAGCACUCAGUGAAGAUUUCUACAUGGUUUUAUUUUGUAAAAUAUAUACUGCUGAUGGGUAUCUUACACGUCUUGUCUUUGAAAAUAUAAAACUUUUUCGGCACAAAUUUACAACUUUUGUAACAUGGUAGGGAUCAAGUGGCUGCAAAUGCAUUUCUGGCUCCAGUCUUCAUUGAACCAAUAUAUUUGUUCACAAAAUUACCCAGCCACAGAUUACGUUUUACAUAAUGCUGCAGGAAUUGUUGAUUAAACAAAUGAACAAAUUUAACAAAAGUUCUUUCGAUUUUCAAAGACAUAAAGAACAAACUCGAUGUACUUCUUUCACCCCUCAGUUUUUGUAGGAACUUUCGUGCAAGUACUGCGUCACACGAUCAUGCAACAUGUUGGUUUUUAACAGUCGAAUUAAUGUUCAGUCUUUUUUAUCGUUGUCACAGGCAUUACCAUUAAUCCAUCUUAAUAUGAUAAGCCAAUAAUUCCAUACGCAGUCAUUUACACUAUUACACCGCAGUGUUUGGCCUGCGCUGGCACCGUUCCACCUCCCAGCAACAAUUAUGUAUUGAUACUGGCACCACCACACUCCAG